CCUAACAGCAGCACCGUCACUUCUCGAUAGAAUAUCUGUUGUAACCUAUCAUUCUGUUGUCAUUGCGAUAGUGUUUGAAAAGAAGGUGUGUAGAUAAUUUUGCGAACUUUUCAAUAAGCCGAACCAAAGAAGGAAAUACUUCUGAGAUCGCACUAGCUGGCCUAUCGUAAAUUUUCUACCUAAACUCCACCACCUUCACAAAAUGGACGUAUUUCUCAUGAUCAGGAGGAAGAAAAUGACGAUCUUCACAGACGCCAAGGAUACUACCAGUGUAGCUGAGCUCAAGAGGAUUAUUGAAGGAAUCCUGAAGAUUCCUCCAGUUAAUCAGCUGUUAUUCAACAAAGAGAAUGUACAGAUGUCAGAUUUAAAAACUCUCGCUGAUUAUGGUCUAACCUCAGCAUCAGCAAAAGCACAGUGUCCAGCCUUAGUAGGGUUAGCAGUACGUCAAGAGAAUGGUCAGUUCGAACCCCUUGAAAUUACACCAUUCUCGCUUCCACCAGACCUACCUGAUGUGAUGAAAUCACAGGAGGCAAAUGGCCAGGAACAGUCACCCUGAAGUCCACUCAUGAUCAACUUGAUCAUUAACUACAACAAAGUCCUUAUUGAUAAAUAAGAAAGCUCUUCACUUCGUUAAGUUCUUGAUAUAAAAAGGAAAUGACUAAAUAAAGUUAAUUAAUGGAAUAAUA